AUGCACGCUUUAUCGCUUGAGAAAAGGUUUCUAGAAGAAAAAUAUCGCAUAUUGGACGAGGAAGAUGAUGACGUUCAAACGAUAGCCAGCGAAGAUUCUAUGGGAUCCAAUGAAAUAGUCAAGGUUCGCGGCUGGUUACGAGAGACGGAGCAAUGCGGUGAAGAUGACUCAGGACUCGUCGAAGAGGAUACUCGCCUGGAUCCGUAUGCUGGCAGAAAAGGACAGGAAACGCUUCAUGGUUUCGCACCUAAUCAACGCUCUACGCCACGGAGUCAACUCAACCACGAAGCCCCAAGUGUAAAUUCGACAGCGGCACGUGGUAUAUAUGUUCGAUCCGGUCGAAUGACUGAAACUUUCAGUAUGUCCCGACCCGAUUCGUCACGAGUACACUCCUACCCGUUAGGAGCGGUGGAGCAUCCUCCAGCGCCACCAACUGCUGCGAAGGUUCAUUUUCGGCAGCCUGUACAGUCGGAGACAAGAAAUCUGCAGAGCAUGAACUCAGGGUCGGAUCCCGUACGUGGAACUAAUACUCAGCGAGAAUAUUUCCCUUCAUUGAUCACCAGUUCAGAACCAGGACAACCAAUCGGCGAGGAUUAUAUCUGCCUUCUAAACCGGAGCCAACUAGCGGCGCGUCAAGUUGUGCCUAAAGAGCUUCCAGAAUUUAGCGGAAAUUCUGAGGAUUGGCCUCUGUUUUAUUCGACGUACAACUCUUCGACACAAAUGUGUGGUUUCACAAGCGAGGAAAACAUGCUUCGCUUACGAAAGAGCUUGAAAGGUAAAGCUCUGGAAGCUGUACGAUGUCGACUCCUUCAUCCGACAAACGUAGCCGGUGUGAUGUCUACCUUGAAAAUGAUAUACGGCAGGCCCGAAGCUAUUGUGCACGCUUCGAUUAAGAAGAUCAGAUCGUUGCCUGCACCUCAAGUGGAGAGACUUGACAGCUUGAUCAACUUCGCUUUAACCAUAGAAAAUCUGGUUGCAACUAUUGAAGCAUGCGGAGUUCAAGAUUUUGUAUAUAAUGCAUCGUUGAAGUUUGAACUCAUUGAUCGGCUUCCCCCCGGUUUGAAAUUGGAUUGGGCCAAGCACUCCAGGAACAACCCUGCUCCAAAUUUGAUGGACUUCAGUACUUGGUUAUAUGCAAUCGCAGAAGAUGCCAGUAGCGUGAUGCAAACGUCAAGCAACACAGUCAGGAGUCGUUGGACUAAAAAUGACGGGUUUGUAAAUGUGCAUUCUGACGCUGAUUCCGCAAAUCAGUCACCAGUACAAAUGAACGAAUCAGUCGCGCAACGGUCUUACUCUAAAGACCUACCAGAGUGUAUCGUUUGCAGAAGCAACUGCCAAUCAAUAUCCAAGUGCAAACGAUUCUCUGAGCUUACCCUGGACGCUAAGUGGGACGUAGUGCGAGAAGCGAAGCUGUGUCGGAAAUGCUUACGUAAGCACAAUGGAUCGUGCCGCCAACAAAAGCCUUGCGGCAUUAAGGGAUGUACCUUUCUACAUCAUCCAAUGUUGCACAAUGAAAGAUCGCUCGUCACAAACGAAUCAACUGCGGAUUCUAUUGGAAGCUGCAAUAUCCACAUGACUCAAACCAGCGAGAUAUUGUUUCGAAUUGUACCAGUCUUGAUUCAUGGACCGUCAAAGGUAAUACGCACCUACGCGUUCAUAGAUGACGGUUCAGAAUUAACCCUAAUGGAACACAGUCUUGCCGAAGAGUUAGGAAUCCGAGGCCCCAGAUCAUCGCUAUGUCUCAAAUGGACAGGAGGAACCAAUCGAGUGGAGGACAAGUCUCAAAAGGUUGAUGUGGAAAUAUCCGCAAUAGGAUUCGAUUCCAGACGCCACCAGAUGAAGAAUGUGCAAACCAUCCAAGACCUACAGCUACGACCCCAGACUAUGGUGUUCUCGGAAUUAAAAGAACAAUUCAGUUACCUUGACGGAUUACCAGUAGAAUCCUACAUCAACGUGUGUCCCCGGAUUCUCAUUGGGUUGGAUAAUGCGUUUCUCGGCCACGUUCUUAAAAGCCGAGAAGGAAGACCACACGAACCAAUCGCGGUGAAAACACAAUUGGGAUGGAUCAUCUACGGCACUUCUUCUCAAAAAGGACGCAGUACAAGCUUUGUCAAUGUACAUACCAUCAAGGUGUGUGAUUGCAAUUUAAAAACCGAUGAGGACAUGCAUCUCGCGAUGAAACGUUAUUUUGACCUUGACAGUUUGGGAAUUUCAAAACCAGAUAGGAUUCUCCAGUCGGCAGAAGAACAACGAGCCAUGCAACUCCUGGAAAAGCAAACCAUACCUAAAGCAGGACGAUAUGAAUCCGGACUACUUUGGAAAUAUGACGAUGUCCGUCUUCCAAACAGUAAAGAGAUGGCAUACAAGCGGUGGCUAUGUCUAGAUAGACGAAUGAAUCGGGACACGCAAUUUUCGGAAACCGUGCAGCAAAAAAUGAGGGAAUAUGUGUCCAAAGGAUACGUGCGAAAACUAACGGAACCAGAGCUCAAACAUCGUCCAACGCGAGAGUGGUACUUACCAGUUUUUCCAGUCGUCAACCCCAACAAGCCGGACAAAGUUAGACUGGUUUGGGAUGCAGCAGCUAGCGCAUAUGGAAUAUCCCUCAAUUCUCUUCUACUAAAGGGUCCCGAUCUCUUGACCUCGCUCCUUUCAGUACUCGUUCAGUUCCGCGAAUUCCGUAUUGGAAUUUGUGGAGAUAUUCGGGAAAUGUAUUUGCAGAUUUUGCUAAAGAAUGACACGCGACUGCGCUUUUUCUGGAAGGACGACUUUGAUAGGAGUCCGCAAGUGUUCGAAAUGUCUGUCUUGCCAUUUGGAGUUUCGUGUGCUCCCAGCAUCGCCCAAUAUGUUAAGAACGUUAACGCUAAACAAUUCGAACUGGAGCAUCCCAAAGCAGUUAGGGCUAUAAUCGAUCAACAUUACGUCGAUGAUAUGCUCGCUAGUGUUGAAACGGAGCAAGAAGCUGUAGAUUUAGCUAACAACGUCAAAACAAUUCACGCGACCGCCGGUUUUGAAAUGAGGAACUGGAUCUCGAACUGUCCAUCUCUUCUGGAUGCCCUAGACGAACCUACAACGGAAGAAAAAGAUCUCACCAUAACUGAAGCUGGUGCCACUGAAAAGGUGCUCGGAUUAUGGUGGAAUACAACCACUGAUUGCUUCACCUUCAAGGUAUCUUCACGAUACGACCCUGAAUUGAUCUCAGGAGCACGAAAGCCGACCAAACGAGAGGUGCUGCGGACUUUGAUGAUGAUUUUUGACCCCUUAGGGUUCAUCGGUCACUUUUUGAUGUUCCUCAAAGUGAUACUACAAGAGAUCUGGAGAACGUCUGUAGCCUGGGAUGAUACAAUCGGAGACGCUCAAUUCGAAAGGUGGCUGCAAUGGCUAAAAGUACUGCCUGAGGUUGAAAAUGUAGAAGUUCCACGAUGCUAUAGAUCUACGAUAUCGCUUGGCGAUGCAACCGAGGUACAAAUGCAUAUAUUCGUCGAUGCGAGUGAAAAUGGGUUCGCAGCAGUCGUAUACCUUAGAUUUGAACAAGGCGAUAUGAUCGAGACUUCAUUGGUUGGUUCUAAAACAAGAGUUGCUCCGUUGAAGUUUUUAUCCAUUCCUCGCUCCGAACUUCAAGCAUGUGUUAUUGGCUCCAGAUUUGCAAACAGUGUACUCAAAUCCCUGACAGUAAAGGUUAACAAACGCUUUUUCUGGACGGAUUCCAGCGACGUAAUUAGUUGGCUCAAUAGCGAUCAUCGUCGAUACAGUCAAUUUGUGGCCUUUCGGGUAAGCGAGAUACUUGACACCACCGAGGUACACGAAUGGCAAUGGCUGCGGACCCAAUUCAACGUAGCAGAUGAGGGAACGAAGUGGAAACGAAUUCCUGAUAUGAGAAAGACUAGUCGAUGGUUCACAGGGCCUGAAUUCUUGAGUAAGCCAACCAAUCAAUGGCCGAGGAAAAGUACAGUUUGUGAAGUCACCAAUGAAGAACUUCGUCCACAUUUACUCGUUCAUGUGGUAAUGCCGGAUCCUGUAAUAGACCCACAAAACUUCUCUCAGUGGACACCACUUCGGAUCAUCGGAAUUCUGAAGUCAUCCGAGUUAGCACGAGCCGAAAGAUAUUUGUACCGUACCGCACAGUGUUGCUCAUACGCGGAUGAAAUAGCAGUUCUAACCAAUAAACGCGUGUCGAAUGGAUAUGAUAUACUUAUUCCAAAGAGUAGCUCAAUAUACCAUCUUUGCCCAUUCCUCGAUGAUCAUGAUGUUCUCCGUAUGCGGGGCAGAACAGGAGCUUGUCCAUUUGUUGGCCCGGAGGCUGUAAACCCAAUCAUUCUUCCGAGAAAUCACCAGAUCACCCGACUCAUAGUUGGACAUUACCAUCGGAUGUAUCACCACCAAAACCAUAACACAGUUCUCAAUGAGCUACGACAACGGUACUCUAUAUCACGUUUGAAGGCAACCCUCAACAGGGUGCGCCGAGAUUGUCAGCAAUGCAAAAAUGAUCGAGCACGACCAAUUCCACCUAUUAUGAGUGAUCUACCUUUGGCUCGUCUUGCCGCUUACUCCCGUCCAUUCACUCACAUGGGGGUGGACUACUUCGGACCAGUUUCAGUCAGUGUGGGCCGCAGAUCAGAAAAGCGGUGGGUUCUCUUAGCAACCUGCCUUACCACACGAGCUAUUCAUCUCCAAAUUGUUCACUCCAUGACAUCAUGGCAAUAA